CUCGCCUGAUGCAAAACAGAAAACAGUUUGUUCUUCCUCUCUGCAGAGAGACACAGACUGAAGAACAGACGAUCAGAUUCACCUUCAGACCAAACUAACAUCGUCCUCUGAGUGAGUCCAGCUACAGGAGAGAAAAGAGGAAAACUACAACACUGCUGCUUCAACCUGCUGACUCUCCACACACUGAAGCUUCAGACUAAAUGGCUUCCAGAUUAGAGGAGGAUCUCUGCUGUCCGGUCUGUCAGGAGGUCUUUAGAGAUCCUGUUGUUCUGUCAUGUAGCCACAGCUUCUGUAAAGACUGUCUGAAGAGAUGGUGGAGAGAGAAACCAAUACCACAGUGUCCAGUUUGUAAGAGAAGAUCUUCAAAGGUAGAUCCACCUCGUAACCUGGUGUUAAAGAACCUGUGUGAGUCCUUCUUACAGGAGAGAUCAGAUAAAUCUUCAGAGGCUCUCUGCAGUCUGCACUCUGAGAAACUCAAACUCUUCUGUCUGGACCAUCAGCAGCCAGUGUGUGUCGUCUGUCUACAUUCAGUAACACACAAAAACCACAGCUUCAGACCCAUUGAUGAAGCUGCACGACAACACAAGAAGAAACUUCAGAAAACUCUGGAGCCCUUAAAGAAGAAGUUAAAGAGUUUAGAAAAAGUUAAAGUGAAGUUUGAUCAAACAGCAGAUCACAUUAAGGUCCAGGCCCGACACACAGAGAGGCAGAUUAAGGAGCAGUUUAAGAAGCUUCACCAGUUUCUAGAAGAGGAAGAGGAGGCCAGGAUGGCUGCACUGAGGGAGGAAGAGGAGCAGAAGAGUCAGAUGAUGAAGGAGAAGAUGGAGGCUCUGAGCAGAGAGAUAGCAGCUCUUUCACACACAGUCAGAGCCACAGAGGACGAGCUGAGACCUGAAGACGUCUCAUUCCUCAACAACUACAAGGCUGCAGUGGAAAGAGUCCAGCAGCGCCCCCUGCUGGAGGAUCACCAGCUGCUCUCAGGAGCUCUGAUAGACCAGGCCAAACACCUGGGCAACCUGACCUUCAACAUCUGGAACAAGAUGAAGGACAUGGUCUCCUACAGUCCUGUGGUUCUGGAUCCAAAUACUGCUGGUCCGGAACUGAUCCUGUCUGAAGAUCUGACCAGUCUGAGACCAGGAGAGAGACAGCAGCUUCCUGACAAUCCAGAGAGGAUUGAUAAAGCAUGCUUUGUCCUGGGCUCUGAGGGUUUUAACUCAGGGUCUCACAGCUGGGAUGUGGAGGUUAGAGGCUGUACAACCUGGGGACUGGGUGUGUUAGCAGAGUCACAGGAAGUCAAUGAGUCUGGAGGAUGGGGAAUAGGGCUCAGUAAAGGUAAAUACUCAGCAGUGUCACCACCAGCUCCAGUCACUGUUCUCUCAGUUCAGAAGAAGCCCCAGAGGAUCAGAGUGAAUCUGGACUGGAACAGAGGAAAGUUGUCGUUCUCUGAUCCUGAUACUAACACACACAUACACACCUUCACACACACUUUCACUGAGAAACUGUUUCCGAUCUUUAGCACUGACGAUGACAAACACCCACUGAAGAUGUUACCUCUGAAGGUCUCUGUGACAGUGGAACAGAUCAGUCAGAGAUAAAGAGGAUGAUCAUGUUUAUAAUGUUGUUUAUUUCUUAAAGGGAAAAGUCAGAGGAUGUUGAACUCAUUAUUACAAAGGUCUGUUUAUCUUUUUAUUCUCACUGCUCCUUAUUUCCUUUUCUUUCUUUUGUUGUUGUUUUAUAUUUAUCAGUAACUCUAAAAAACUUUUCAAUCAUGUUAAAUUACAUAUAUGAAAUGUUUGACAUGUAAAUCUACUUUUCUUAUUUUUACUUUCUGUUUUUCUCCAUGUACACUGUCACAUCAAUUACACUUUAUUCUCAUUGCUUCGUUUUAAUUUGAUUAUCCAAUAAUUACUUCCUGACUGAAGUUUCCCAGAACAAAACUUUAAGUUGUUUUAAAGUUUAAGAAGUUAUAAAGGAAGGAAAAGCACCGGGGAGAUCUGUGCCUGUUUCAGAUGAUUUUAAAAACAGAUAUUGGACACACUCAGUCACCUCUUCGUGUUAAAAAUGCACAUAUUUCCCUUUUGAAAACAGCUUUCAGCCUCGACUUUGUGCCUCAAACCUCCCUGACCACAAACCUGUGACAAACCUCCUCAUCUGAUGAGGAAAGGACACGUCAUGGGUUUAUUCAGCCGGCAGAGGGCGCUGCUGACUUUAUAAAAGCUGCACUGACUUUAUUAUUAUUAUUUUAUUAAAAUAAAAGUCUUAUAUUACA